UGAGGGCAGGCUCACAUGGAGGGGAUGCCUCUGCCUGCAGACACUGAUGGACUCCUGAGCCAGGCUCUCCUGCUUGGAGAACUACGCCCUGCUGUGGAGCUGUGUCUGAAAGAAGAGCGCUUUGCUGAUGCCAUCAUCCUGGCCCAGGCUGGGGGUGCAGAUCUGCUAAAGCAAACACAGGAGUGCUACUGGGCCAAGAAGAAAACCAGAAUCUCUUCGCUGCUAGCCUGUGUUGUACGGAAGAAUUGGGAGGAGAUGGUUUAUGCCUGUAGCCUGCAGAACUGGAAAGAGGCACUGGCCUUGCUCCUGACAUACUGUGGGCCAGAGAAGUUCCCUGAGCUCUGUGACAUGCUGGGUACUCGCAUGGAACAGGAGGGUGGCAGAGCACUAACCUCCGAAGCCAGACUCUGUUAUGUGUGCUCAGGGAGUGUGGAGCAGCUGGUGGAGUGUUGGGCAAGAUGCCACCAGGCUUCCUCCCCCCUGGCUCUACAGGACCUGAUGGAGAAGGUGAUGGUCCUUAAUAGGAGCUUGGAGCUACUGCGGGGUCCUGACGGGGUGAGCGCAGGCCCUGCCACAACCUGCAGGGUCACUCAGUAUGCCAACCUCCUGGCAGCCCAGGGCAGCCUGGCCACUGCCAUGAGCUACCUACCCAGUGACUGUACUCAGCCACCAAUUCAGCAGCUGAGAGAUCGACUUUUUCAUGCCCAAGGUUCUGGUGUCUUGGGCCAACAGUGUCCUCCUUUCCCCUUCCCACGGGUUGUUGUGGGAGCUACCCCCCACUCUAAAGAAACAUCAUCUUACAGAUUGGGAUUCUGGCCUUCUCACCAGGUUCCAACUCCAUCUCCAAGGCCAAGGAUUUUCACACCUCAGUCAUCACUGCUGACACCCUUGAUACCUUCCCAUCCUGGCCCUUAUCAAAGCUUCCAAACACAGAAUCUAAAUGAUUACAGGGUACCUGAGCCCCAGGCAGCCCAGCCUUUGCCUUUGGCCCCUGGUGUAAGGCCUGCUUUAUUUGAGCCACUGUUGUUAAGAGGGCAAAAAGCCCAAGUUCCUAACCUCAUGGGGUUCCCUGGAACAUGGCCUCUUCCUGGUCCACCUCCACCCAUGGUACCCCCAGAUGUCAUACAGCCUGGCUCUACCUCCCUGGCCGAGACUGCUCGACUGUUCCCUCCACUUCCUGUGAGACUACCAGGGGUCAGCCCUACAAGCUUCCGGUCCCUAGCCCCUCCUGUCAGUUUCUCUGCGACACACCCUCCAGGAGGGCCAGGUGCUGCAUGCUCUAGUGCCCUCCCGACCACUGGCCCCUCGACUGCUCACCCAGGACCUCAAGCUUCCUUGAAAAAUGCCCCAAUGCCCAGGGCAGACCUCCAGAGGAAAAAGUUGCCAGAGACAUUUAUGCCCCCGGUACCAAUUACUGCUCCAGUUAUGAGCCUCACCCCUGAGCCACGAGGGUUCCUUUCCUCACAGCCUUCUGUCCUUGGUGUGGACCAUGCUUCCCCAGGAGCUCCAGGAGAAUUCAGCCUGCAGCAACUUCAGCAGCGGACCCCUCGGAAGGUGGAAAGGAAAGAGCUGCCUCCAGAGCAUCAGUCCCUGAAGACCAGCUUUGAGAAGCUUCUGCGACGCUGCUCCCUGUCUGCCACUGAUAUAAAGACAAAACGGAAGCUGGAGAAGGCAGCCCAACGUCUAGAAUGUCUAUAUGCUAAGCUCUGCCAGGGCACACUCUCGCCUCAUGUCCUGGCUGGGCUCCAUGAGGUUGCCCGAUGUGUGGACGCAGGAAACUUUGAGCAGGGCCUUGCGGUGCAUGCCCAGGUGGUGGGCUACAGCAGCUUCAGCGAGGUCUCCAGCUUCAUGCUUGUCCUGAAGGCUGUCCUCACCAUUGCUCAUAAGCUGUACAUGUAAACCAGGUAGCCUCUCUUGCCAAGAGGCUACUUCUGCUGUUACUUAACUCCUCCCUGCAGAAAAGGGGGAAUUUCGGAAUAGAUUGUUUGUUUUUCCCCACGCUCUUCCCUUGCUGCCAGGGAUAUGAUGCUGUGGGCUUGCCUCUGAACUAGCAGAGUGCCUGCUUUCCACGCCUUUAUGCCUGGCCUUCUAGAAUCCACCCAAGGCUCUCUCAGCCUCUGAGGCAGAGCAGAGAGCUGGUUCUUCACUUUCCCUGAUUCUGUACUCUGACAGGACCCAGAGCAGGGCGUCUUCUACCCCAGGGAUAUUCUGAUUAAGUGGCUUCUGAGGGGGUAAGCAGGAUCAUUACCUCCAAGUCUGCCUCUGCUGUACCCAGCUUGUGGGGCUUUUGUUUUUCCCCUUCUGUGGGUGUUGAGCCUGACCUUACCUUCUCCUUGCCUCCAACUUCAUAUUUCCAGGUCCUUUUUUCUCUGAGCCCCAGAAGCUGGGGUAGAGUUGACUGUUGUUCAUCUUUUGAACAAGUCAUGGACGUGAGGGGUGGGUGCUGAGCAGAACCAAAAGGAGGAACUUUGGCCCUUUUUACAAGGACCUACUCAUCUGCCAGUAUUAUAAGGGUGGGCUAAGUUAGGCGGAAAAUAGAAGAGGUGCAUUGCCUUUUGCUGGGAGCUGUCCUAGGCUGGGAAACAGGAGGAGAGGGACCACUGCCUGCGGGGAAUGGUCCUGACUUGACCUGUCGGGGCCCUGGCACAUGGCCCUUGACCAUUCAUUCUGUGAUCAUCAGCCCAGUUCUGGAAUAGGAGCCAUAUUAACAAAAGACUUUUCUAGCACUGCUCCUCAAGAGUUGGAGGCCCUUCUCCUCAGCCCCCACAUGUCUCAGGGCUGCCUUCUCUGGCUGCACUUUUUAUGGUUGAACUUUGCAUUUGAAGCACUGAUGUACUUAAUGGGCAAUAAAGCUGCUUUGAUUUGGUUUCCUCA